UCCGGCUAGCCAAUCAGCGUCCAGCGAAGGCGGCGAUUUCCCAGUGAUUCUCCCACGUGACCCUCCUCACUAGUUCCCAGGCGGUCACAUCACGGAGCUUGAGACCAUGCAUCAGAAGGCGCUGCUGUUCGUUCUGCUGGCGGUGGGCCUGCUCUGCCUCGGCCUGGCGCCCGCCUGCCAGGCCCAGGACCAGAACCGGGACGAAGACGCGGACGUGGAGGACGACCUGGACCUGGACCUGGACCUGGCCGGAACCGAGGAUGACGACGAGCUGGACGGGGAGGAAGAAGCCCCGCCCGCACCAAAAGCCCCCGCUGCGCCCAAGGUGACCUACAAGGCUCCAGAACCGAUGGGGGAACAUUUCUUCGCCGAGUCGUUUGACCGGGGGACCCUGGACGGGUGGGUUCUAUCCAAGGCAAAGAAGGAUGAUGCAGAUGAAGAGAUCGCAAAGUACGAUGGUAAAUGGGCCGUAGAGGAGAUGAAGGACACCAAGCUGCCCGGCGAUAAAGGUUUGGUCCUGAUGUCCAGAGCCAAACAUCACGCCAUUUCCGCCCCACUGCUGCGACCUUUCACCUUCGAUUCCAUGCCCCUCGUCAUCCAGUACGAGGUGAACUUCCAGUCCGGGAUCGACUGCGGUGGCGCCUACGUGAAGCUGCUGAGCGAGACGCCCGGCCUGGACCUGGACCAAUUUGUGGACAAGACGGCGUACACCAUCAUGUUUGGACCCGAUAAGUGCGGAGAAGAUUACAAGCUGCACUUCAUCUUCAGGCACAAGAACCCCAAAACCGGGCAGUACGAGGAGAAGCACGCCAAGAAACCCGACGCCGACCUGCGGUCCUACUUCACCGACAAGAAGACGCACCUGUACACCCUGGUGGUGAACGCCGACAACAGCUUUGAGGUUCUGGUGGAUCAGACCGUGGUGAACAGCGGCAACCUGCUGAAGGACAUGACGCCCCCCGUCAAUCCCCCAGCUGAGAUUGAGGACCCUGACGACCACAAACCGGAGGACUGGGACGAGAGGCCAAAGAUCCAGGACCCCGACGCCGUCAAACCCGAAGACUGGGACGAGGACGCUCCUGCUCAGAUUCCUGAUGAAGACGCCGUGAAACCGGACGGCUGGUUGGACGAUGAGGCUGAGUACAUCGGAGACCCCGAUGCCAUCAAACCCGACGACUGGGAUGAGGACAUGGACGGAGAAUGGGAGGCACCUCAGGUCCCCAACCCCGCCUGCGAGAGCGCCCCCGGCUGCGGCCCCUGGAAGCGGCCAAUGAUUGACAACCCCAGUUAUAAGGGCAAGUGGAAGCCCCCCAUGGUGGACAACCCCAACUACCAGGGGAUCUGGAAGCCGAGGAAGAUCCCCAACCCGGAUUACUUCGAGGACCUGCAGCCGUUCAAGAUGACGCCGUUCAGCGCCCUGGGGCUCGAGCUCUGGUCUAUGACCUCUGACAUCUUCUUCGACAACUUCUUCAUCACCAACGACCGCAACACGGCCGAGCGCUGGGCCGCCGACAGCUGGGGGCUGAAGAAGGCAGCGGAGGGCGCUGCUGAGCCGGGUUUGGCAGCCCAGAUGCUAACCGCUGCAGAGGAGCGACCCUGGCUCUGGAUCGUCUACGUCCUCACUGUGGCUCUUCCUCUCGUCCUCAUCAUCGUCUUCUGCUGCACGGGCAAGAGUUCCUCCGGGUCGGCUCAGGACUCGCUGAGUCUCACCAGCUUACAGGAGGAGCUGAAGGGAGCCGGACGCCUCCAGCCGGAGAAGAAGAAGACUCCAGCAGCUGAAUACAAGAAGACGGAUGAACCUCAGCCUGAUGUGAAGGAGGAAGAGGAGGAUGAGGAGAAAGAGGAUAAGGAUGAGGAGGCGAAGAGCAGUCCAGCUGCAGAGGACAAGAGUGAUGAAGAAGAGGCUGCUGCUGAGGAAGAGGAGGGAGAGAAUGAGGCCACGACAGAAGAGAAAGAAGACGAUAUUCUGCGGCGAUCUCCCAGGAGCAGGAGGCUCAGAAAGGACUGAUAGCUCUGAACCCUGACCUCCUGACCUUCCUUCCCCCCCCUCGUCUUCCUCCUCCUCUUCCUCCUUCCUGAGGCCACGAAGCCUGAACGGAUCUGGUAAAAGCAGCGAAGCCGACAGAAAUUUGACGACGAUUCCAGCUCGAUCCGGUUUUGGACGUUUUGUUUUAGAGCUUAACUGAGAUUCACUAAAACUUCCUGCAUCAUUCCAACCUGCAGGGGGCGACGUUCUGUCUGCUCCUCCAAUCAGCAGCCUGCUGACAGGAAGACGGUCGCCCCGCUGGACUGGACGGGUAGCUGACCAACCGGCCCACAGAUAACCAACUACUAACCGUAGCGCUUCAGUGUUAGCCUGCUAGCUGCCUAAUAAAGCCAGAGCUUAGCGGCUGGAGGAGGCUUAAACUGGGAACACUCCGACUUUUCUCCAUGUCUGUUGUUGUCCUGUCGGCGCUAGAGCGCUAGCUGUCUGUUGGCUUCUUCCUGAAACACUGUCUGCCGUCGGUGGGUCAGACAGGAAACACCUGGAUGUUUGGCUCACCUGCCUCCUCCAGCUCAGCACCACAGAGGCUCCGCCCCCUUUCUACUACACUUUAAAUUAACUGCUGAAAUAAUCAUGAUAAAAUGUCAUUAAUAUAUCAUUAAUUUUUAAAAAUUGGAAAUAAAUGCAGCAAAGAUUAAAUAUUUAAUUAUAUGUGCCUCAAUUAGAUGUAUUUUAUUAUUUCAUGUUCGUGCUCUGAAGCACAUCAUGGCUGAACUUACACCGUCAGUUUGACCUAUCACACUCAGUGGGCGGGAUUAUGGAAGCUGCGACCCUGACGUCUGAUUGGCUGCUGCAAACACCCAAGUAAACACAACUUCCCUGCUAGCUCCGACUCUCAGAUUGAAAUUUUCACUUUAAUUGUGGAAUGAUUUUACUAACAAUUAAAUUGUUUAUUUACUUAUUACAAACUCCCGCCCAUAUGUGUAGUUUGGUCUGAGAUUUCGCUAAUGCGUUCCCCACAGACUGUUAGCCGCUGUUAGCUAGCAGGCGGGGCUAACUGUGAUCCUGCCUGAUCACAGUGAGCGCUGCUGAAUUUAUCAGCAAUAUUUCAAACCACAGAAGUAGAGGCUGCAGUUUCUCCUCCAGGAUUUGUAGCAUAUAAAUUUUUAUUGAUCGUUUCCAAAAUAUCGACCUCAGAGUUGCAGUUAACUGGGCAGAAGUUGACUUGCUGUUUGAAGGAGCCAAUCAGAUGUCAGUUUGCCUUAAUCCCGCCCACUGCGUGUGACUUUAUUGAUGUGCUUCAGCACAGGAACAUGAAAUAAUUUAUUAAAUCAUGAAAUCUAGUUUGUGAAAUUAAAUCACCCACAUAUAAUUGAGGCACAUAUAGUUCUAUAUUUAAUAAAUUAUAUAUUUCAAGUUUUGACCUAUUUAAAUGUCAGAACCUCAGGUGUCCUGUCCUGCCAACUACCAGAGGUGGUGCUAAAGUCUCCAUUGUAGCUCCUGAGCUUCCUGUUACUUUCAUCAUGAUGUCACACAUGACCUCUGUUUCAUCCAAUCACUGCACAGCUUGAAAUAAAAAUGGAACCAAAUGAGAAAAAUCCUGAUAAUCUGUCAGAAACAAUAAAAUCCUGCUCUGUAACCGUUCCCUUAAAGCAGAGGUAUCAAACUCCAGCCGCUGUCCUGCAGGUUUUAGAUGAGCCACAGGUACAAAACACUGGAAUGAAGGGUGACCCUUCAUGACCUUGUGUAGAUCAGGCCUCAGAGCCUUAAUGACCUAAUUAUUCUGUCCAGGUGGUGCAGCAGAGGCUCAUCUUAAAGCUGCAGGACAGCUGGGCCUCCAGGACUGGAGUUUGACACCUGUGCCUUAAAGGAAUCAUUUUCAGCGGAGUUCUGUGAAGUAGGUCUCGGUAGUCAGUAUGUGACCUGCAGCAGAUGAGUUAGCCUGAGCUGGCUGACUUUUCAUUGGUUAUUUCUGUGCAGUUGAACUGGAUUUAAUGAUGUUUUUACGAAGCGUUUCCUCUGACUCCUCUUUGCUUUUGCUUAAACUCUGAGGGACAAUAGUUUCUGAUGUUUUCUAACAGGUUUUUUGUAGAAGUUUAAAUAUUUUGAAGUCCCAGAGGUCCUCCCCAGUCUUCAGGCUUAUAUAGAAAUCAUGGAGCAAAUGUCUAAAAAUGAUUUAAUUUCACUUUUUUUGUCAAACUUCUGUUUUUGUGUUUAGAAUAUGUUGUUUUCUUGUUAAAAGAUGUAAAAAUCAGGAUUUUCUUGAGGUUGAUCAUGUGAGGGGGGUUUCACAGCCAAACAGUUUCCUGCUGGGGGUUUCUCAAGUCCUGGUGGGCGGCCUGGUCUGUGAACGCCCGCUGGGAUUGGCCGGUCCGUGGGUUGAUCUGGACGGUGAGUUUGGGGGCUGACCGCGCUCCGACUGUGAGCUGAACACUGUAUCUGCUGCGUUUUUACUUCCUCUGGUGGUUUGGAGCGACCGGCAGCAGAAAGCCCGGCUGUGAAUGAAACACUGUGAUGAGGAGCCUGAUGUCGGUGAAGCAAAUGUUUGUUUUGAUGAAUAAAAAAAGGCUAAAUGGAAACAGA